GCCCCAGCCGCGCGCCGCACCCCUGCGCCCGGCCGGGUUCCUGCGGACAGCUGCGCGGGCGCCCAUCGCCGAGACAGGGACGCCCGCGAGGAGCUCGGCGCGCUCCCCGUCCCACCCUGAGCGCCAGAGCACAGUCCGGGAGGUCGACGCGUCCCGACUCGCAGAGUCAUUCGUCCCUUCCUGGGGACUCGCCACGCGCACAGUGACUGCCUGCUUUGCGCCUUUCGAUGCUCGCGUGAGCCCUUUCACCCGUGUUAGGUGGCUCCCAACCCGGGGAAGUUUUACCUGGCGCUGAACACUUAACGUUCCCCAGCGGUGGUUUCCCGAGUUCCCGGAAAACCUUGUAGGAAACCGCACCGGCUACCUUUCCCUCUCCCCCAGUCUGAUGAGACGCUGGAAUCCUGCGUUUCCAUGUCGAGGUGCGUGGAUUAUCGGCAAAUUGUUUGAAUUCUGAUUUAGGAAGGAGGUGUGUAAUGUGCGCUCGUCGGCGUAGCAGAAGGACCCAUUCAUUCACAAAACCAUCUUGUUGAGGACCAGGUUUGCCGACUGUACCUGCGCUUUUUCCUGCACAGAUGCCUGGGUCCCCGCCGGGCUUCGGUUUGCUGUCAGACUCCAGAGACAGGGCAAAGUGCUUUGAAGAGCUCAACACAUGUUCAUGGUUCUCAUUAAGGAAGCCUCAUGUAAGCGUCAAUGGACACCUGAUCCCCUGCUGCCUUUGUUUGAAAACCAAGAAGUUUUGUUGCGCUGAUUUAACUGCCUGCAGUUUUUGCUGAUGCUCUCAUGAAAAAACAAAAAUGCUGCUUCUGUCCUUUUUAACCCGCGUGAAACUUUGACUUUUCAUACACUUGUUCAUUCUUUUACCCUCCAUCAAGAUGUCUGAACCUGACUCUUCGUCUGUGUUUUCGGGAAAUGUGGAGAAUGGAACUUUCCUUGAGCUGUUUCCCACAUCCCUGUCCACAUCGGUGGACCCGUCCUCAGGCCACCUGUCAAAUGUCUACAUCUAUGUGUCCAUAUUCCUCAGCCUUUUAGCAUUUCUGCUUCUGCUUUUAAUCAUUGCCCUCCAGAGGCUCAAAAAUAUCAUCUCCUCCAGUUCCUCCUACCCGGAGUAUCCAAGCGACGCUGGAAGUUCUUUCACCAAUUUGGAAGUCUGUAGUAUUUCCUCUCAAAGGUCCACUUUUUCAAACCUUUCUUCAUGAAGAAAAUGGAAGAAUCCUUGCAGGCUGCAGCUGCUUAGGUUUUCCUUUACAGGAAAUGUCGCAUGAAGCCGUUGCCUGAUGAAAGAAAUGACCCUUUUGAUUUUGUCAACUAAUUAGGCCUGUUUCCCCUUCUCCUUCACGUCUGAUUUUUUUUUUCCGUUCAUGAUGCUUUUCAUUUGUGAAUGUAGAAGCUGAUGCUGACAGAAAUGCGUGCAAACCUCGAGGUGCAGAAUUUCACACAAACCACUUGAAUCUUCAAGUUCAUUCCACUCUGUUGGACACCUGAGGCAGAAGUCACCAGAGGGGGCCUCGCAGCGGGUGCCGGAUAUGGACUCCAUACUUCAUUUCUCUUACAAAACCGUGAAAUUAACUCAAGCAGCACAAACUGGCAAAAUUAAGUCUGAGCUAUUUAGAAGAUAUUUUCCAUAUUUAAAACAUAAAGUGGAAACACCAAAUUUUAAAAAAGAGUCAAUUUAGAUUUAAUGUAUAACAUUUUUAAAACGGGAGGCAAGAUAUGCUAAAUGUUUUAUUUAAUUUCACCUUAACAAAUGAAAAUCAUUUAUUGAUGAAUUAAGUCAUAUUUGGAAAGGUUUUGGAAGAGUUUAAUUUUUAAGUAGCAACACAAAUAUGUGUUAUGAUGCAGUUUGUAAUGUAUUUCUCCCUCUUGGGGGUUUUUUCCUACUUAUGUUGUAGUCGUAAUGCCCCACAGUUGUGGAAUUCUUUGUGAUAAUUGUUGUUACUGUUACUAAGAGAAGCACCAGAAGAGACAUCAAGAUGUUUUUAUUUUAUAACUAUAAUUUCCAUCAGCAGGAAUUAAGCACAUGGGAAAUAUUCAUUCAGUUGUGUUUUAUGUAGUAAUAACUCCUAGGAGUCAUGUAAGUGUGUUCCUUUAUUCAGUUUCAUAGUCUUUAUAAUUUUAGUGGAGAAUUAUAUUAACUCUGAGAUGUUAGAUGUUUGUUCAUUCACAUUAGGUGGCAAAACUUAGAGACUGAAUUGUUAAUAUACAUGUUAUUAUAUACUUCAUGAAUGUUACAUGUCUCUGAUAUGUAGUUGUUGUAUGUUAACAUAACACUCUGCAUUAGGACUCCAGGACAAGCGUUUGUAUUAAAAACUGUAGAUACUCAAGUUGUGUAGCUGCUGGGAGCUGCCAUACUGUGGGCAGCCAUGCACAUCUGCAUUCAGGGGCUUUGUCCAUGAAAUGAGGCAUGCACAUGAGCAAACACGGAAUGUGGAGGAAGUCAAGCCGCCUCUAAAAACAAAACAAAGCAAGCAAACCACAGCUGCUUAAGAGUAAGAAUUUUAAUUUAAUUUUAAAAAUAAAUGGCCCACAGCAUAAACACUGAACUUAUUCAGCCUCUGGAGCCCACUGCAUCAACAUGCCCCUGUCUUCCCAUGGCAACUGGAUCUUUCUUGUUCAAAACAUUGACUAAUCUUAAGUGGUGGAGCUUCAGUGCACACUUUGGUUCGAUUGUGUGGCCGCGCUAUCCAGUAACUGGAAUGGGAUGAAGAAUCCACCAUUUUACAGAGUAUAUCUUUGUCAUUCUAAAAUGCUGAGAGAGAUGAGGACUGGUCAUGAGAAUCAGAAGGUUUCUUUUUCUUAAUCCAUAAGCUGCACUUAAAUCAGACGACACUGAACUAUUUAUACAUCAAAAAUGUCCCCAAACACCAUAGACCUGCCAGAGUUGCUACCCUAAAAUGUACAAUUAGUGAAAAAUUUGCCUCUGCUGCCCUUAAAGCAUGGCGGUGUUAUUAUGGGAGUGUUUAUUAUGCAGUAUAAAUCCUGUACUAGAAAAGGUCUGCUAUUUUAGAUCAUUAUUAGCAUUCUCUGAAUGUGUGUGUGUCUGUAUACAAGAAUAUAUGUAUAUAUUCACACACUCCCAAUUAAAACUUGUGUGAAAGCUACACAGGAUUACAGAGGCAUCUAUAUUAUCACUUUUGCUUUUUGAUUAAUCUUGUGCUAUUUUGGUUACUGAGGAAGAGAGGACAGGGAUGAGGUUAUUUUAAAAACAAAAGGAACAAGUUUGCCACACAACGGGACAAUCUGAGUAUGAUCUGUUCUAAGGGGUAACUUUAUACUCUUUCCUUCUGGAAGAGAUAUAAAGGCUUCUGAAAGUAACACUAUUUUUUUAAAAAUCUGCAGGCACAUCCCCUCCCCUCCUGGCCACCAUGGUUCUUGCUGUCGAGGUUAAGCAGAGUAAUUAGGAGCAACAUUCAAAGAUGUAAAAUAGAAUUUGUCAUCACACGCUUGCCAAGAUAGCAGACUGUACAACUUGAGAAGAAUUUGUGUUGUAUAAGAAGUUCAGAAAGGUUGGAAGACUGGUUUAUAAAUAAAGACGUAGAACCCA